AUGUCCUUCUCACCCCUCUCCACAGCCGGAGCAGCAGCAAAGCAGGUCUUUGCCCUCCUCCUCCUCCUCCUCACGAUGUUCACCCCCCUCGUCGCCUCCCACGCCAUUCUGGCAACCCCCAUCCCCUACGCCGCCUCUCACCAAAAAAACGGCCCCAUAGACGGUACCACCUUCCCCUGCCAAGGCGGUGCGGGCGCCACCUACCAACUCCCGGCCUCCGGCUACAACAUCUUCCCGCUCGGCUCCAAACAGCCUCUCGUCCUCCAAGGAACCGCCGUCCACGGCGGCGGCUCCUGCCAGAUCUCCAUCACCUACGACAACCCGCCCACUCCCCAAUCGAAAUUCAAAGUGAUCAAAUCCAUCGAAGGCGGCUGCAUCGCCCGCAACGAACCCGGCAACCGGCCCGGGGGGACCGAAUCCGCCGAGAAAGUCAACCCGGAUCAGUACGAGUACGUAAUCCCCGACGACAUCCCCACGGGCAACGGCACCAUCGCCUGGACGUGGUUCAACAAGAUUGGGAAUAGAGAGAUGUACAUGGCUUGUGGGGGAGUGCAGCUGACGGGCACGGAUAAGCCGGGCGCGAAGGAGACGUUUGAAAGGUUGCCGGAUAUCUUUAUGGCGAAUAUUGGAAACGGGUGUGGCACGCCGGAUAGUAAGGAUGUGCUGUUUCCUAAUCCGGGAAGGGAUGUGGAGAAGGCGAAUGGUAAGACGAGGCGUUUGCGACGCCUACGGGGCAGGGCUGGGGGUGGUGCGGUGACGAGUGCCGCUGCUGGCGGUGCUAGUGCUACCGGAGCUACCGGAGCCGGGGCCAUGACUACGGCUCCUUAUCCCGUUGCUAAUAAGACCGCAACGGCCGUGACCGGUGCGCCUACAGUAAGCGGGAACACAUUCGCACCCGGUGUCUUCAUCACCAAGCCAUCGGUCGACGGCGGCGCUCCAGUAGCGACAGGGGCAGCUUCUGUUCCUCCUGCUUCUUCCGUUGCUGCUCCUCCGGUCUCUUCCGUUUCUGCUUGUUCAGCCCCUACAGACGCCGCUACCUCUCCCUCCGUCCCCUCAACCCUCUUAACCUCCACCAUCCCCGCCUCCGCCUCCCCUCCCCCUCCCGCCGCCAACCCCCCCGCCAUCACCGCCGCCCCCGUCGCGGGCAGUGGCAGUGGCACAUCCGCCCCCCGCGGCGACUGCCCCGCCUCGCAAGACGGUUGGUACGUCUGCCACCUGCUCUCCAACUCCCAUUACGGCACCGUGUACCACCGGUGUGCUUCGGGGAAAUGGACGGCGGCAAUGCAGGUGCCCGCGGGGAUGCGGUGCACGAUCAAGGGGGACGCGAACGGCAACGCGGAGGCGAGGGGUAAGCCCGAACAGGAGUUGACGCUGGGGCCGGUGGACGAUGGUCCACUUGUGAUUGUUCCGGUUACGAUGACGACGGUGGCCCCGAAUGCGCCGUUGAGGCCUACUGCGGCUUCGGGAGCUGCGCCUGGGAAGAGGGCUGCGCAGAACAUGAAGGAUAUGGAUGAGAAUGGGGAUGAGGAUAAGGAUGGGGAUGUAGAGCUGUGGGUGCUACCGAUGGAGGGGGGAAACAAAAACAACGACGGGGACGAACACAAACCCAAGCUGAAGCUCAAGAAGAGGGAAGAAGAUGACCAAGACCAGGACCAAGACUCCUCCUCCUCGACGACCGCACACGAGCGGGAUCUGAAGCACGACCUAGAAACGAUUGCCUCAACAAAGUUGCUCCCCCGCCUCGGCCUAGAAGCCAGGAGGAAGCGCAAGGGAAGGCCAAGGAAAGCAGGAAAAGAGAGACGAAGUGGAUGA